AGUCACUGUUUGUAUACAGGUUGUUUUGAGGUAAAGUUUCAGUAAGGAUUCUGUAGUAACGAAGGACAUGUGUGAAAAGAACAAGAGGGUAAGCCGGUGGCUGGGUGAGGUGUUUGGAGCAGAAGCAGUACCACAGUUUGAAGUGAACACACGCACCAUCGAGCUGCUGGACCAGCUUACACAAUUUAGCGAGCUCCGGUGUACAGAAGUGUCCUUACUUACAGAGGAUUACGCACAGAAAGCAACAGAAUACAACAGUGAUGGCACACACUUGCAGGAGGUGCUUCUCCAAGGGGCAGGACUGCAGCCAGGAAGCAUUUCCAAAACCACCUCUGACUUUCUGUCUGUCUUAGAGGGCACUGCUGAGAACCUUAAAGUUAGGGACACAUCGAUGGGAAGCUUUGUUCCUGCAAUUAAUAAACUGACCGACGACCUGGCCGAGGCAGAGAGGACUGACAGAAGACUGAAGCAGGAGCUCUCCGCUGUGAGGAAGAAGAUGGCCACCACAAUGAUCCUCCGGAAAAAACUGCAAGAGGACUUGGAGAAAAUCACACAGGUCCAGCAGGUUGAAGCGGCCACAGCUGAGGAGAGACUGCUCAAUAUGGACUUCAUGAAGAACAAAUCCAGAGACCUUACCUACAGGAACAAGAUAGCACAGGACAAGCUGGCUUCCAGACAGAUGAAGGACUCACUCACCCAUCAGUCCAUUGUGCAGCUCUCAGAAAAAAUCACAGCACUAAAGCAGGAAAUUGCACCACUCGUGAAGAAACUGGAGCCGUUCGACGACCUGAGUCCUAGUCCUGCUCUGGCUCGGGUUAAAAUCGAAGAGGUGAAGAGAGAGUUGGCAGCCCUGGAUGCUGAACUAGAGCAGAAGGUGGACUUAAUGAACACUUUAUCUAAAUAACUUUUUAUUUUGUAAUUGUAUUUGUUGUUAUUCUCAUGUAAUGACUAUAUUUUCUACUUAAUUACAUUUGUAGUAAUGCAGUAUUUGCUUUGUAUAAAUAAUAAUAAAUGUAAUUGCUCUCCAAA